UCAUAAGUUUUGAAUUUCGCGUAAACGACAUCAAGAAAUCUCGACAAUUCGUGAAAACAUUGGCAAAAGUAACUCAACCACAUGCAUGCAAGUUGACCUGAGCGCGUAGCAGACGACCCAGAACAUCUACUUCCGGGUCAGGAAGAUAAAAUGAUUUUUCACGCUCGAAACAACCGGAAGUGGUAACCCUGACGUAAACAAAGAUGGCGGCCGUGAGCUAGAUUUUUUUGCCCGAGUGUCGCAGUUUUGUGUUUCUGGGUAGAAAACGUUGGAGAAAGUGACUCCUAUGAACGUCUCUCUUGUCGUCCUGCGUCUCGAGGUUGUGGAGGAUUAUUCCCUACCUACCAUAUAUUAUAAAGCUCCAUUGAUUGAAACAAUGGCAAGCAAAGAGGAGCUUGCAAAGCAAGAGGAGCAGGAGGAGGGAACAUCACAAAGGAAAGAUGCAGAGUGUCAAACAAAGGAAGGUCCUGAUGAGGGGCCAUCUCCUCAUCCAGGGGAAGAGCAGGAGCAAGAGGAUCAUGGGAGGGAUGGAGAGGAUUAUAGGAAUGCUCCAGGGGUAGUAACAGAUCCAGAAAAUAAGAUUGAAAAUCCAAAAGAAACAGAAUCAGAAACUUUGGACGAUAAAGAAAUCAAAUCAGCGAUGGAGACAGGAGAGAAGAAAGCGGAGCUGACAGAGAGAAGGGAUGGUUUACAGUCUCCCACCAAGCAUGUCCAGAAUAUCCGCGGGCUACGAACUCCCACUGAAGUCACCAUAGAAACAUAUAAGCCAGAUAAACAGAAAGGCGAUAUAGAAGAGACAGAGCUGGACUUGGAGGUGAGACUAGCCAACAUUUCUGUGACCCCCCAGUCUGAUGUGGGGGAGGGGGAGGAGCGUCCCAGCAGCACCCGUCCCAAAACUCCGACAGGCAUCCCGUUUACAUCUGGCAACCCUUGUGUGGAGGUCACUAAAGGCAUCAUGCACCUCUUCAAGACAAGUGAGCUGACGGCCUGUGAUGAUGAGAUCCCCCGCAGUGAGAUGAUCUGUAUCCUGAACACGCCCUGCUCCAUGCUGACCUGUGACCUGCUCAAGUUCAUGUCCCCCGUCAGGGACAGGGUGGAGUACAUGCGCAUCAUCCGUGGCUCCCAACCCAACCACUACAUGGUGCUGCUCAAGUUUCACUGCCAGGAGUAUGCUGAUGAGUUUUACAAGAACUACAAUGGUAUGAACUACAGCAGUCUGGAGGAGUCGGUGUGCCACCUGAUAUAUGUGGCAAGGGUGGAGGCUAUGAAAGCUGAGCAGGGUGGUUACAUGCCAGAGGCAGGGAUGACGGAGCUACCUAUCUGUCACAUCUGCUUGGAGAGAAUGGAUGAGUCUGUUGAUGGGAUCCUGACAGUUCUGUGUAAUCACUCCUUCCACAUGCCCUGUCUAGAACAGUGGGAGGACACUACGUGUCCGGUUUGCAGAUAUGUCCAGUGCCCGGAGCCAGUAGCUGAUAACAAGUGCUUCCAGUGUGACAGCAAUGAGAGCCUGUGGAUCUGCCUGGUGUGCGGCCAUGUUGGGUGUGGUCGUUACCAGCAGGCUCACGCCUACGAACACUUUAAGGAGUCUCAGCACACCUUCUCUAUGCAGCUGGGUAACCAGAGAGUCUGGGACUAUGCAGGGGAUAACUGGGUACACAGACUAGUGCAGAGUAAGGGGGAUGGAAAACUGGUGGAGUGGGACUGUCCUGGGUACAACGGAGAAACAGACGAGAAACUCGACUCCAUGCAACUUGAGUAUACAUACCUCCUGACAAACCAGCUAGACUCCCAAAGGAGAUACUGGGAAGACAAGAUUGCACGGGUGGAACAGAACGCAAUUGAAGAGACGUCUGCCAUGGAGGCUCGGUUCAAAAAGACCCUGGAGAAGUGUGAGGAGCUGGAACAGAAGCUGUCUGAUGCACAGAAGGAGAGACAGGGUCAGGAUAAGAGAUGUCAACAGUUGAUGACCAAAGUACUGAAGCUGUCCAAGGAUCUUAAAGAAGAAAAAGAGUUGAACAAGUGUUUAUCACAGAACCAGCAGCAGUGGCAGACCAGGUAUGACCAGCUGGAGCACAGGAUGACAACAGAGAUGGCAGCCAAGUCCAAGGAAGUUAAUGAGCUGAGUGAACAGGUGCGAGACCUGAUGUUCUUUCUGGAAGCCAAACAGACGAUAAGCGAGGUGCCAGAGGACCAGCGGCAGGAGAUCGCGGAGGGGCAGAUCGUGAUGGGAGCUACAGCUGCUCCCCCUGGCACGGGGAGGGGGCAUCGCACGCGGCGAGGAAAGAAACCAAGAUAGUACAUACCUCUGCAGACACAAAAUGGCUUGCUGCUUACCGGUCUAUUGUGGGAGCACUCUGCUGCUUUACUCUGUACUUUCUACACAUACUGUAAAUGCAUUUAAAUUCGUGGGGAUUCAAUUUCACGGUAGUGGGAAAAAUGACUUUUUGUGGUGGUCGUAAGUUCGCGGUAGCACCAUCCACUGUAGUCUGUUACUGCCAUGGAAGACGCGGCCACCACGAAAACCGCAAACAUUAAACCACCGCGAAAGUUUCUGCAUUUAUAGUACCUGUCAUGUACUGCAGUCUGAGCAUUUGCAAAGGUCAUAGCCUACAGCAUUCUUCCAAUUAAGCAUCUUAUGCUUUAUAAACCUGAAAAUCUUGGAGUUUGUAGAACUAUGGCACACUCUUCUCAUGGACUACAGAUGCCAGGCAACAUUAUAGACUACAAGAGAGAAGGCCGGGCAAAGAUUCCUAAAAAUGUGUCCAAAGAUAGCCAGAGCCGCACCUCUGCCUGGAGAGUAUAUACCUAGAGCAUAUAACCAGCCUACUAAAAAAAAUGCCUCUAGAGAUGAUAAUGUACAUUGUAUUGUCUCAGCCUUGUCAAAACUGUUGCUACAAUGACUAUUUAUUGUAAGCUUAUCAGUUUAAUGUAGAGACUAAUAGUGUGGGGAAUAGGUUGGGAGUUUUUGAGAAUGGUAAAGGUGCAAUAUCUCAUUGAUUGAUAAGAUGGUAAAGAGAUAAAGCUGGUUUACAAUAACUGCUAGCUUUUAUGGUCCCCUUACACUUUUUUGACAUUUGACAUUUUACUCAAUUGUCACUGUGUUCCAAGACAUGAAAGUUAUGGGUUACGUGAGUAAUACUGAAACAGAAUCUCACCAAUUAUCCAUUCAUGUAUAGUUAUGUUUAUUUGUGCAUA